UUUUCUCGCCCUCCUCCUCUCGUCUUCUCCUCCACCUUGCUUGUACCCGCAUCCACCUCCUCACCCUUUUUCUCUCUCAUCAAUCUCUCUCUCUCCACAUCCAUCCAACCCUACCCACACCCACGCGACCAAACCCUCGGCGCGGCGGCGGCGGCGGCGAGGAGGCGAGGAGGAGGCGUAGCAGCCGCCGCGUUGGCAAGCGCCAGGUGCGGGCGGAUCGGAUCCGGGGGGCGGAGCGGAGGUGUGGUGGUGGGGGGGAGCUAUGGCGUACGUGGACCACGCCUUCUCCAUCUCCGACGAGGACGACCUCGUCGGCGGCGCCGUGGGGGGCCCCCGCGGCGCGCCCGUCAAGGAGAUCGCCUUCGCGGCCGCGCUCCUCGCGUUCGGCGCGCUCGGCGCCAUCGGUGGCGUCCUCAUGGCCGCCAACAACGUCGGCGGCGACCGCGCGCACGGAAUCUUCUUCAUGAUUCUGGGUAUUGUGAUGUUCAUCCCUGGGUUCUACUACACAAGAAUUGCCUACUAUGCUUACAAAGGGUACAAGGGCUUCUCGUUUUCGAACAUCCCGCCGAUCUAAAGAAAGAGGUGUAUCAUACGCCGACUUGGUUCAUCUCAUCACGUCCAAUGGCGAACACCAUUUCUCAUUUUCAUCUUGUCUAUUUCUUCUUCUGCUGCCCCCCUUUGUAGGAUGAACUUCUAGACAUGUACAUAUAAAAUGCUACUCCCAUAAUGUAUCAUUAUGGUGUGGUGAGCUGAAAGGUUGUCCAUUGUGUGAUUAUGUUGGGUUACUAUGACACAUGUCUGAUAAGAACUUUAUGAUGUUGUGUUGCUCUCAUGCUGUCUGCUGUUUGUGUUAAGAUAACUGAAGUUACCGCACUGUCAUGACAGUUUGGUCCCCUUAUCAGAUAAGAACACCAUUGUGUGAAUAAACGUUCCGUUAGCUUUGGUGUUUCGCUCA